AUGGAUACCCUCAGAAUAAUCCUCCUGGGAGCGAUUCUACUGGUGGUGGUGGUCCAGGGUUUCCUGGCGAUGGGAAUCCGCCAAAAACUGUGGAAAUCCCACCUGGCUCUCCUUAUUCACCUCCUGGAGGUACGCCAGGCCAGCCACCGAUUCCGUCCGAGGGUGAGCAUGUGCCCGGACAGCCAGGCUUCCCUGAUCGUCCAGGACAGCCCGAUGAAGAUUUGGGAGGAUAUACACCAGGUCAGCCAGGCUUUCCUGAAGGUCCAGGCCACCCUGAGGGCCCAGGCCACCCUGAUAGUCCAGGCUUCCCUGAUGGUCCAGGACAGCCUAAUGAAGAUUUUGGAGGAUAUCCACCAGGUCAGCCAGGCUUUCCUGAAGGUCCAGGCUACCCUGAGGGCCCAGGCUACCCUGAAGAUCCAGGCUACCCCGAAGGUCAACGCUAUCCUUAUGAGGGGGUUGGAGGAAAUCCACCAGGUCAGCCAGGCUAUCCUGAAGGUCAACGCUAUCCUUACCGCUCAGGAGAGCCCGAUGAAGAUUCCGGAGGAUAUCCACCUGCCAGGAAGCCCUGAAGGUCCAGGUGAUCAGAACCAGCCUGGUGUUCAACCCGGCAGGCCCGACUCUAAUAGCAACGGCCCUGGACAGCCUGGGGCACCUGGGCAACCAGGAGACUCAUACGGGCGCUUUGGAGGAAGUCUACCCGGUCAAAACACGCAGAAUGGCGAAUCCAAUGGUGGGAAUGAAAACUCAUCCAAUGGCACACCUGGAGACUUCAAUGGACCCGGAGAUGGCAGAACGGGCGCUGGUUCUAGCGGCGGCAAAGAUAGUGGAGGCACAGACGGAUCAUCUGGCAAACCUCAAGGAGGUAAAACUGGCAGUGGCAAAAGCGGAGAAGGUGCAAAUGGGCCCUUGGCUGAUAGCAAACCUGGCAAUGGUCAGGACGCAGAUGGUGCUGCAGGCAAAGAGUCAGGUGCUAAAUCUGGCGGAGACGGUACUGGAGAUGACGAUAACGAAGGUUCAGGGGGAAAUGAGGGAGGCGGCAAUCUGAAUGGGGCAAAAGGCUCUGGCGGCAAGGCUGGGUCUUCAGGGGCUGGGAGCUAUGAAAAAGGCGAUAACGAUAAAAAAGGGCCAGGAAAGACUGAAGGGGGUCUUAAUGCAAAUGGCGUAAAGGGUUCCGCCCACGAUGGAUCUUCGGGAGCUGGAGGUUAUAGAAAAGAUAGCGAGGGCAAUGAUAAUGAUGGAGGGUCAAAGAAGAAUGGAGGCAGCGAAACAAACAAAGCAGAAGGCUCCGGCGGCAGGGAUGGCGCUUCAGGAAAUGAGGGUGACGAAAAAGACGGUAAAGGAAAAGGCAGUGACAGGAAAGGUAGUCAGGGUAAGGCCACUGGUGAAGACAGCUCGGGCGAUGCAGGUGCCGAUCAAAAGAAGCCUACCGACCAAUCAAUUCAGGCCAAACUGUCUCGAUCGAUAAAAGACGCUCUGAAGGCUCUUGAAACUUCGCAAGCUAAUCAACAGGACGUUCUGGGCCUAGGUUCUGCCUUGUCCAAAGUGGUCAAUACCCUUCGAGGACUUGCAGACGCCAUCGCCUCAAAUUUUGAAGGCAAGUCGUCUGAUCUAUAUCACAAGCUCGAGCGGCUCCUUGAUCUGUAUCAGCAACUAGCGCAGCUUCUCGAUCAGACUACAAAGCGGAUUUCGACCUUGCCUGGGUUGCAAGAUCUAAUUGAUGCCCUCAAUGAGGCAGCCAGUGCGGCAAGGAAGGGAACAGUAUCAGAAGACGCCAUUCGGGAAUUAGCAGAUAGGCUGGAUCAACUCGCUCAAGCUGUUGCUUCUGGUCCUAUUCCGCUGCUACUACAGCCAUCUUCAUCAUCACAGCAGUAUACUGCAUCAGUACUGGGAUCUGGAAGUGGGUCGCAAGGAUUGAGCUCGUGGCAGACGAGUACGGCAGGAAACGUGCCGGAACAGAUACUCCCAACCGGUGGUGUUGGAGACGUUGAAGGUGCUGGUGGAGUUAGAGGAAGCAAUCAAGAAAACGAGACUGUCGCUGCGUCUUCCUACGCUAUUGGUCAAAGGAUGACUGGCCUUGGGAAUGCAUUCAUAGUCACGUUCUGCGUUGGAGCUUGGGGGGUGUUCUUUUUCUUGUAUGCUUUAUAG